CUGCCAAUCAGUGGGAUCAUUGUGUUUGAUCUCGGCCCGCCGCGAGCCCUAUGGAAGAAUAUGAGAGAUACGUUUACGUGCCUGGGACGUAGAAGAUGACACCAGAAGAACGAAGGAACAAAGACCAUCGCCAUAGAUCCCCGAAUCGCAUAAAAGGAAGCAGCGUCGUAUCCACUCCCCAUACCUGCAGCACCCACACUUCCAAAUUUUUCUGUCACAUUUCAUCAUGAGCUGGUUCUCAUCCCUUGCGCCUUUAGCCCUUGCGGUCUCUGCAGUUCUUGCAUCGCCUGCGCCGAAUCCCUACCGUGACCAGCAGGUGCUCCGAUGCACGCUCAACGACGAUGCACAAGUUCAGCAUAUCAAGUCCGCAAAACUCGAUGUAUGGUCACAUCACAUCGGCCUGAACCGCCCCGUCGACAUUCGAGUCAACGCCGAGCAGCAACGAGCCCUGGAGGCAACCGGCGCUCAAUGCGGUUCUUUCAUUGAGGACAUUGCUCGGCUCAUCAAGACCGAGAACGAGCCGGCAACCCUGGACCGUCGGCAGACCAGCGACACGUUUUUCUCAAAGUACCGCACGUACGCCGAAAUCAACACCAAGAUCGCCGAUUGGGCCAAGGCGUACCCCGCGCUGUUCACCAAUCUCGGUUCAAUUGGAACCACCGUUGAGAAUCGUGCCAUCCCCGCUUUCAAGAUCUCCAAGGGUUCGUCUUCAACCAAGAAAGCCAUCUGGUUCAACGGCGGCAUCCACGCUCGUGAAUGGAUAUCGCCCGCCACCGUUAUGUACCUCGCCAACGUUCUCUUGACCGGCUCCGACCCGGCGUUAGCCGCGUACCUCGACAAGGUCGACUUUUAUAUUACCCCCGUCUCCAACCCCGACGGAUACGUAUACACCCAGACCGACCGGAUGUGGAGGAAGAACCGUAGAAAGAACCCUGGAAGCUCUUGCGUAGGGACCGAUUUGAAUCGUAACUUCAAUGAGCAUUGGGCGGUUGCGGGCACAUCGUCCGACCCGUGCGAUGAGACCUUCCCCGGGAGCGGCCCUGGGUCCGAGCUCGAGAACAAGGCUCUCACUUCCUUUGUCACCAAGAUCCCCAACCGCCUUGCCGGGAUCGAUUUCCAUUCUUACGGACAGUUGAUUCUGCGUCCAUGGGGAUGGACCGACACCGCUCCUGACAACGCCGCCAAGUACAAGGCUUUGGGUGAUGGUGUCCGCGAUGCCAUCCGCGCCCAGUCCGGAACGAGAUACACCUCCGAAGCCGGCGCUGACCUGUACCCGGCCUCGGGCGCAACCGACGACUGGAUGAACGCCAAAGCCAAGAUGGUCGGAUACACCAUUGAGCUGAGGGAUACCGGAAACUACGGGUUCGUCCUUCCAGCGUCCCAGAUCGUCCCCACAGGCAAUGAAAUCGUUGCCGGCGUCAAGGCGUUCCUCAAAUACGUCCUUGCGAAUCCCAUCCCCACUCCCUCGAUCCCUCCCAACUAAACUAAGGUGCCCAACGAUGGCUUUUGAUAGAGUAGUUCUGCUUUCCUCGAAAAUUGACCUUUUCCCGAUUCUGCAACGUCGUGAUGUUCUUCA